AAUAUGGGCAACACCAAGAGUGGGGCUUUGUCCAAAGAGAUUCUGGAUGCUCUCAAGUUGAACACCAAAUACACUGAGGAAGAACUUUGUGCAUGGUACGCCAGCUUCCUCAAAGAAUGCCCCACUGGACGAAUUACAAAAGAACAGUUUGAAGGCAUCUACGCCAGCUUCUUUCCUGAUGCUGACCCUAGUGCCUACGCCCAACACGUCUUCCGCAGCUUUGACACAAACGCUGAUGGCACCUUGGACUUUAAGGAGUACAUUGUUGCACUGCAUCUUACCUCUUCAGGCAAGACCUUGCGCAAGCUCGAGUGGGCGUUCGCUCUGUACGAUGUAGAUGGCAAUGGGACCAUCAGUAAAAACGAGGUGCAAGAAAUUGUCAGGUCAAUAUUCAACAUGAUUCCAGCUGAAGAUCAGAAAAACCUUCCAGAAGAUGAGAACACACCAGAAAAACGAGCAGACAAAAUAUGGACCUUCUUUGGAAAGAAAGAUGAUGAUAAGAUUGAAGAGAAGGAAUUCAUUCAGGGUGUCAUGGAAAAUAAAGACAUAUUGAGGUUGAUACAGUUUGACGAGCCAAAGAAGAUUCAGGACAAACUAAAGGAGAAGAAGCAUUAAUGGCCACAUUCAAAUGAGAAUGUACAGAGCCCCAUUUCCAGUGAUUUUACACCCAACCUACAACCCCCAGACUUAUUUUCCAGACUGCACUCUGAAAGCACCUGAACAUUCAGUCCAGAAACACAGCACAGCUAUGAACUAGAAAAACUGUUCCUAUAACACAUACAAUACUUCUUUUCUGGACCACCAAUAACUGUUAUUGUACUUGAAGGAAUUCUCCAGAUGUCUUUGCCAAUGUUGUUGCCAUUGCUUUAAGAGUCCAAUUUUGAAAAGAGCAAUUAGGUUCAUGUUAACAGACCUACUCUAGCUUUCUCAAUCCUCUUAGGAAAUGAAGGUCGGGUAAGACAAAUCCACAGGGUCCAGUGGCUCUCCUUUUUUAAAUCCCUUCAGGGUUAAGGUGAUUUAAGCUCUCAACGUGAAUUCAUUAGACAUUGAACAAUCUCUU